AUGGUCCAAGGCGGAGGAAGAGAAGAAACCUGGGAUCUAGUGUGUCAACGUCUCGCUCUGAAAGCCACCGUCCAAACUGCGGUCUCUGCUGGAAAGUUCGUGGGAGCUUUUACCUUCGGAAUGAUCGCCGACAGGUUUGGACGGAAAGUUGCCUUCACGACGGCUUGCUGCAUCUACAUUUUGGCCGGGCCAAUAGUCGCCUUCACAAAUCUUUACCAACUUCUCAUCGCCGCGAGGUUUUGCAUCGGAAUCGCUGGUCUUGGCGUUUUCGAAAGCGCCUAUUCCAUCGUGUCAGAGAUAUCACCGCCGAAGCUGAGAUCUACUGUCGGAGUUCUAUACAACCAAAGUUAUCCGGCAGGAAUCUUGGGGGUUUCUUUGAUCGCCUACUACGUCAGGGACUGGCGAAAUCUCCAACUCUGUGUUUCAUUGCCCGCUCUAUUCCUCGUCUUUCACGUAUGGCUGAUCCCCGAAAGUCCCAGGUGGCUCUACUACUCGGGACGUACAAGCAGAGCCUGGGCCAUUGUUGGGAAAUAUAGCAGCGAAGACCCGGCAGCAAGACGCAGAAGCGGAUCCACCAGAGCAACUUCACAGAAACCAUUAUCGACGCGAAUUCGUGCUGCGAUUGCUAAUUGCUCGAGCUAUCUGCGUCACAAGGAGUACAGGAUACGAUUAAUAGUUUGCUGGGUUGUUUGGUUCUUUACGGCAAUGUCUUAUUACGCUCUAACGAUUAACUCUGCAAGUCUGAAAACCGAUCCCUACGUCUACGUGGCUUUGUCAGUCAUCCUUUCUAACGGUCUCAAUACAAAAACUCUAUGCUGCGGAAUUCGCGGGUCGGAUACUGAGCUGAAACGAGUGCAAUCAGUCAUCCCUUGUAUUAAAGUAUUAACACAAAGGUUUGGUGGACCAAAAUUUCGGGGUGAAAUUGAGGUGAGGGCACAGAAGCCAACCUUGAAUGUCGAGCUGUCAGCCGCAAAUCUCACGGGAAAUCUUCAAUCCCAUUGUCUUAUCGAAAACGGUGGAAAUUACGUCACCCUGCGCCCUCAUAUCACUUCAAUAUAUCCCGCACGAGUCGUCGAGGCGACCAGCUACGUGAUUCCGGUGCCGUUGUUGCGCGUCGUUGGGAGGCGAGCAGUGGCAACGGGUCUUCUCUUGACAGCGAGUUUUGCUCUCCUACUCCUUUUGAUCAUCCCCACGAACAUGACGGGAUGGAAGGUGGCAGCCUCUCUUCUCGGUCGGCUUUGCGUGAGCGCUGUCUUCUCGGUCAUCAUUAUUCACGCCUUUGAAUUGUUUCCAACUGUGACCAGGAACACCGCAAUUGGGACCAGCUCCACCAUGGCGCAUGCAGGAAGCGUCUUCGCGCCCUACCUCGUCGACUUCUUUGCAAUAUACGGAUGGUUCAUUCCCUCUACAAUAUGCGGUCUGGGACUGCUUCUGGCCGGGCUUCUGACGCAAACUUUACCGGAGACAAAAGACCUCGCCCUCUAUGAUACCCUGGAUGAUCUCUCGAGCAGGUGUCGAGAUCAUCCCGAAGAGAAGGUGUCCGUAAAGAAUUGUAUGCUCUGCAGAUACCUCUGCAAAACUCAUACCAAUGUGUAAAACUCGUAGAAUUUCG